AUGGCGCCUUCAACCACUGUCAAUACCACUCAGUUGAGACACCAGAUAUACUACCAGCUCGACAACAACCUGCUCAAGAAUGCCCUGUUUCUAGCACAGAGACUGGUCGCGUACGAAGGUCCUCGAAGUGCCGAAGCCGCAUACCUUCUGGCGCAUUGUCAAUUUCAAGCUGGGUACACAAAAGCGUCCUUGGACACGAGUCGUUCGUUCGCAGCGAAGGGUACCCACUUGGGCUGUACCCAUGUCUUUGCACAGGCUUGCCUGGAGCUGGGGAGGAAUAUCGAAGGCUUACAGUCGAUCGAGAAGAGUCGGACGUUAUGGCAGAACAGGAAUACUUGGAAUCAGCAUACCGAGUCGAAGAGACAGUACCUACCAGAUGCUGCUGUCAUAUUGUGUCUGAAGGGCAAACUGUGGAGGGCUCACAAGAACAUGGAAGAGGCCGUACAGUGUUGGGUAGCUGCUCUGAAACAAAAUCCAUUCAUGUGGGACGCCUAUACACUUCUGGUCGAGUCUGGUGCUAAGAUAAACGUCCCAGCAAUCUACAAGCUUAACCCAGACAUGGUCGGUAUGAUUCAGGCUCAGCAUGCGUCGAAAGAGAACACAGAUCCACCAAAUGCUUCGCAGCAGCCCACUCAGUCAAUGGCAGAUCCUUUCUUGUCCACACAAAAGCUCAACGGACAUCCCAACGCACUGUAUGAAAAGCUGAAUAAUAGCAAGAUCAAUGUCAACACCGCCAAUGCCAUUCACGACGAUGAUUUGUUACCUACACCCUCGACUGUGGUUGACCACGAAGACACGAUGGCGCAACAAACUAAUGGCAGUUCCAAGUUCGAAUCGUUGUCUGCGCCCUUGCGAAGGCCGAGAAAUACUGUCGAUUCACAAUCGGAGCAACAAUCAAGAUUAAAAGCCACUUCUUCGAGACUGAAGACGAGGUUAAAACCUUCAGUCGAGGAGCCAGACCACGAGCCACCACCACCAGGUCCACCUUCUAAGCGGACUGUGUCCGGUGCUGUGGCUCAAUCCCAGGUAACCGAGCCCAUAAGAAGAACGACAAGGUCACAAACAUCGAGACCGCCGAGCUCCACUUCUACCUCUACUACAACCAAAAUGUCUUCGAUAGCGAACUCAUUAGGUCUGAGGCAAGAGAGAGAAAUCAAAAAAGCCAAGGCGCCUACUGCUAAGCCAAGGACUGCCACCACUCAGACAGUUGGGAGAGCUGUUAGCGGCAAUAGAAUCAAAACUGCUCCUAGUGUCGAGCCGCAAGAUCCUGAUAGUAGAGAGAACCGCCCUCCAUCGAUACCACCUGUGCCAGCCAUGAUGGAGCCAGUACGGAAGGAUGAAGAUCGAGUCGACAAAGAGAUCGAUGGUUUGCGUGCAUUACUUGACCUCUUCUCUCGCAUAGCCUCCGCGCAUAAUGCUCUCCAGCAUUACGAUUGCCAGGCUGCUAUCAAUCUGUUCAAUUCCUUACCAUCGAAUCAAAAAGAAACGCCAUACGUGCUGGCACAGAUAGCCAGGGCCUACAACGAAAUUUCGCAGCAUGCAGAUGCAGAAAGAUAUUUCAUUCGUGUGCGCCAACUGGCACCUUCACGUUUGGAGGACAUGGAAAUUUACAGUACAGUGCUGUACCAACUAAAAUCGGAGAUUGAGCUUGCCUACCUUGCUCAUGAAAUGGUAGAGGUUGAGCGAAACUCGCCGCAAACGUGGAUAGCAAUUGGAAACUCUUUCUCUUUGCAACGUGAACACGAGCAAGCUCUGAAAUGCUUCAAGCGUGCGACACAGCUGGACCCAUCAUUUGCCUAUGGGUUUACGUUACAAGGUCACGAAUACAUUGAAAACGAAGAAUUUCCUAAGGCGCUGGAAGCCUACCGCAUGGCCAUUUCUGCUGACAACCGUCACUAUAAUGCUUGGUAUGGUCUCGGUAAGGUCUACACCAAGCUUGGGAAAUAUCCUACUGCUCAGGUACACUAUCAAACAGCUGCGAGCAUCAACCCAUCCAAUGCAGUUCUCACAUGUGCUAUCGGCACUGUUGUGGAAAAGAAUAAGGGUGUCGAACAUGCACUGAAGUUCUACGACCGUGCAUGCCGACUUGCGCCGAAGAACGCGCUGAGCAGGUUCAAGAAGGCACGAUGCUUGAUGAGCAUGAACCAACCUGAAGAGGCGUUGGCUGAGCUGGAAGUCUUGAAAGAGAUCGCGCCGGAUGAAGCUAAUGUUUGGUUCUUGAGUGGACGGCUAUGUAAGAUGCUGGGCAGGAAGAGUGAGGCUAUCAAAGCAUUCACGGUUGCCCUAAACCUGGACCCGAAGGCUGCACAGUUCAUCAAGGACGCGAUGGAGAGUCUGGAUGAUGAAGACGACUUUGUUGACGAUGAUGGAAAUGAGGAUAUGGAUUGA